GANAUUUGGGCGAAUCCUGCAGACAUCAACGUCUUGCCCGAGUACAGCAAGGACCCCAGAGUGGUGAAGAACUUGAUGGACGGGGUUUAUCAAACCCAUGACGACUUCCACGUUUGGUUGGCGCCAUUCACUCCAGGGAAGGAACACCUCGUUUGUCUCGAAUUCAAAAAGCCAGAUUCCAUCGCCUUAAUCAGAAUAUGGAACUACAACAAAUCAAGAAUUCACUCAUUUCGAGGUGCCAAAGACAUUGAAAUGCGACUAGAGUCGAAAGUGAUUUUCGUGGGCGAAAUUGCGAGAGCGACUGGUGGAACUUCUGGUCGUAUCGACGGUUUUGGAGACACCAUCCUGUUCACUGUGGAUGAGGAGAUUCUGGAAAAGAUUUCCAAGAACGACAAGUAUUUCGGUCACACGAGACCAGAAGAAACAGAGAAUGACUCUCGAUCCGUCGUGAUUGAGCGACCGAAAACUGCCGACACUGAAAAUGGAGGAAUAUCUUCGGCCAUUUACAGCAGCUCGUUGCCGAGGAGAUUUGUGUCGCCGAGUCUCCGUCGAGUGUCGGAAUUUGCCGCGUUCUUACAGUGGAAAAACCCUGGCUAUAAAAUUGUUGGAAAAUUGGGGAGAUCCUCAGUUCAUAGAUUGCUGAAUGGAAAUAAUGUGACGGAGGACAAGAAGGAAAUGUGGAUGUGUCCGUACAGUUCAUCGGGGGAUGCAUUGAUUGCGAUUGAGUUACCAGAAGCAAUGAAUCUCGGAGGAAUACGCAUUUGGAACUACAACGGAUCGAUUGAAGACACUUAUCGUGGACCCGUUUCUGUAUACGUGCUUAACUUGAUUUCGUCCUGGGGAGACGCUUAUUAUUUGGGAAUCAAUGGCAUUCAACUUUUCGAUGGCUCAGGUGCUGCGAUUCCUCUAACGGCAGAUCAUGUGGCGGCAUUCCCUGAAAGCGUGAAUGUUUUGAGCGGGAUCGACAAUGACGUGCGAACGCCUGACAAAGCUAUUGACGGGGUCAACGACACGACUGACGGACGUCACAUGUGGCUCGCACCCGUGUUACCAGAUCAGAUAAAUAAAUUUUAUAUCGUGUUCGACUCGCCACAAGACGUUUCAAUGAUUCACUUCUGGAACUACGCAAAAACUGCAAAUCGCGGCGUGCGAGAAUUUCAGGUACUCGUCGAUGACCUUUUAGUUUACAGCGGAGUUUUGGAGAAGGUGCGGUUGAGACCCGGAAGUCCGGGACCUGUGCAGCACCAAACUGUUCUCUUCUCUAGUGAUGACGCACUUGUGAUUCGAGAAGCCUCUUCAGUUAUCAGGAACCAGGAAGCUUGCCAAGACAUUCAAAUGACCAACAACAUCGGGGUUGCAAAAGACGGGUCCCGACCAGCCGUGAACCAAGCCCUGAGGCCAUACACCUCUCAAACAGGCAAACACAAUCCGUUUGCCUCCACGACUCAUCGACAUCCGCAAAAGAAAUUCAACUUGGGAAACUUCAAGUCUUGAAACCAUCGUUCAUCGUCGUCUUAUGGGAUUGUAAUUGAGAAUCGUGAUAAACUUGGUUGCCAACAACUCAACGUUCUGAUAUUCGUCUCGCAUUUUUGCUGUUUUGUCGAGGAUUUCUGCAUCAAGCUCAUUUUAUGCAACGAGACGGGCUUAAAAAAAAAAAGACAUUAUCUGUUCUCCCGUGACAAGAACAAUGAGGAAAUAUUUCGAACACAGUUUUGCCGAAAUUCUGGUGAAUUUGAAAUACAAGCCAACGUUGAGAUGUGUCAUUUCUUACA